AUGAAUGAAUCACAUACACGGAAAAAACUCACGUUACAAUUUAUUUACCAUCCAAGUAUAACAUCUAUUGAAACAUAUUUAAUGGCUUUUGAUUUAGAUAUAAUUCAAAUGUGUUUUAAUGGUGAAAAAGUAUUAUCUACAUGGGCAUGUAUACGUGCAUUAAAUACAGGAACAUUUAUUUGUUACAAUCUUACAAAUAAUUUAACAACACUUGGUCGUACUGCAAUUCGUAUUAUAUAUGAAUUAGGACAUAUACAAAAUCCUAAUUAUUAUUCAUCAACAAAAGAACAAUUUGGAAGUAAUCACGAUUAUUUUGAAUUACAGAAAAAAUUUGUUAACAAAUAUAUCAAUCAUCGAUUCUAG